GAAGUGAGGGAGCGCGGAGAGACAGAGAAAGAGACAUAGGUCGUGCACAAGGGGUCGGAGAAGACAGGAAAAAAAACUAAACAAAUAAGGCUGCAAAAAUCACCAAGGAAAGCGCAGCUUCUGUACUCGCGGCGGAAUCACGCCGAGAGCCGAGAGAGGUGCCUCGGAGGAGGAGUGACGGGGAUUGUGCGGACUGUUGCCCCAGUGUCGAGCUGAGACCGCGGAGAAGAGGCUGUGGGUUUCUAUCUCAUUAACACGACCUCGACCAGCGCCUCUGGGGAUCCGGCUCCGACAGAAUGACGUCCAGGAAGAAGGUGCUGCUGAAGGUCAUCAUCCUGGGAGACUCCGGGGUGGGGAAGACCUCCCUGAUGAACCAGUACGUCAACAAGAAGUUCAGUAACCAGUACAAGGCCACAAUAGGAGCCGACUUCCUGACGAAAGAGGUGAUGGUGGACGACAGGCUGGUCACAAUGCAGAUCUGGGACACGGCGGGCCAGGAGCGCUUCCAGUCGCUGGGCGUGGCGUUCUACCGGGGCGCGGACUGCUGCGUGCUGGUGUUCGACGUCACGGCCCCCAACACCUUCAAGACGCUGGACAGCUGGCGGGACGAGUUCCUGAUCCAGGCGAGCCCCCGCGACCCCGAGAACUUCCCCUUCGUCGUCCUGGGCAACAAGAUCGACCUGGAGAACCGCCAGGUCACCACCAAGCGCGCUCAGGCCUGGUGCCAGAGCAAGAACAACAUCCCGUACUUCGAGACCAGUGCCAAGGAGGCCAUCAACGUGGAGCAGGCCUUCCAGACCAUCGCCCGCAACGCCCUGAAGCAGGAGACGGAGGUGGAGCUGUACAACGAGUUCCCGGAGCCGAUCAAACUGGACAAGAACGAGCGGGCGCGGCCGUCCGCCGAGACCUGCAGCUGCUGAGGAGAGCAGGGGUUCGAGAGGCUUGCCCUGACUGCGCCCUCCAUCCCUCCGCCCUUCCCGGCCUUCAGUUCUGCCCCCCUUCUCCCCCGCUGGCCUGGCCUGCAGCUCUGAUCCUGUCACCUGCUGUUAAUGUUAAAGUAGCGCAAACCUGGUCCCCACACUGUGCUGUCAACACACACACACACACAACCAUGCAGACUCGCCCCCCUUCUUCUCCAACAAAAGCAGAACAGCAGAGCCCCCUCUCCCACAGCCCUGCAGGCGCGCCCCACUCGCCCCUGCUGCGGUGCCCUUGUGUGGGAGAGUUGCUCCUCUCGCUGGCUCCUGCUGCCCGGGCACACGGGUGCUGGGCUGGACAGGGGGUGAAUUCCAAGCUCCUGCCCCUCCUCUGCGACCUGGCCAGGCCUGCUGCAGAAGACACGGUGGGAGUCAUACGAAGUGAGAUUUGGAUCUGGUGAAAGGAGUGUGGGGGCACUGCUGCUCUGGGGGCUGGGGUUCCCCUGAAGACGCCCCGACCUGCCCAGGGGGUCGGCUGGGUCCCUGUCCCUUUUAGCACAGUGACUUGUUCCAGUCCUCAGAACGCUUGUUCCCUCGUGUGCUCCAGACUGAACUGUUCGAGGGGUCUUCACGGGAGUCUCCUGGUGGCAGAAACAGAUUUUCCUCUCCGGUUUAACCCCAGUGCAGGUCCUGGAUCUGCAGGAUCACGGGCCUCUCCUGUGCCCCCUCCUCCUCCUCCUCCUCCUCGUCCUCUCCGACCUGCCCUCUGUGUCCCUUCGGCACCUGUUUGACAAGAACCCCACUCCCACUCCACCACCCCCCACUUACAAGUAGAACAUGAGGCUCCAGCCACUUCGUCUCAUUAGGAAACUUUGAUAUACAAAAAGUGCUGAAAAACAAGACCAGAUUAGAAAUAUAGAACUUAGAGAAACAGUUAGUUUUCCUAUUGCUAAUAUUAACACUGCUCUCUUCUCACUGCACAGCCUGGCUGUGACUCUUCUCGCUCUGUCCUGUUGUCGUCUACUGGUGAAGGCCGAAGUCUUUCUGUCCGUCUCCUUUUUCUUCCUCUCUCUCUGCAGGUUGCUCAGGUUGGCGAAGGUUUUGUUAAAUGCUUGAUAUUAUUUUUAACUGAUCGGAUAAUACCUUUUACACUCUGUUCAUGUAUUAUUAUCUUUAGAAAAUAAUUGCAUUACAUGGGGAAACAAAAAGAGUCAUUCAAACACGGCAAAAAAAGGAAAAUACAAAAAAAAACUUCUUGUAAGAGUUCAUCAUGGUAUUAUUAAUGACAUAAUACAUGCACAGCAGCCAAUGAUGUUUAAAAAUAAGUAUUUGGGUUUCAGAAUAAUAAAAGUUCUUGAAUACAA